AUGGCUUGGAACCAAGCUUGCUAUGGCAUCGUCCAGGUGCCCACAGGACCCUGGUUCUGCCGGAAAUGCGAAUCUCAGGAGCGAGCAGCCAGGGUGAGGUGUGAGCUGUGCCCACACAAAGACGGGGCAUUGAAGAGGACUGACAAUGGAGGUUGGGCCCACGUGGUGUGUGCCCUCUACAUCCCUGAGGUGCAGUUUGCCAACGUGCUCACCAUGGAGCCCAUCGUGCUGCAGUAUGUGCCUCAUGAUCGCUUCAACAAGACAUGUUAUAUCUGCGAGGAGCAGGGCCGAGAGAGCAAGGCGGCCUCGGGAGCCUGCAUGACCUGUAACCGCCAUGGAUGUCGACAAGCUUUCCAUGUCACCUGCGCCCAAAUGGCAGGCCUGCUGUGUGAGGAAGAGGUGCUGGAGGUUGACAAUGUCAAGUACUGCGGCUACUGCAAAUACCACUUCAGCAAGAUGAAGACUUCCCGGCACACCAGUGGGGGAGGCGGAGCAGCAGCGGCAGCAGGAGGAGGCAGCGGCACAGGGGGCGGUGGCGGUGGCUUCAUCGCUGGCCGGAGAAGCCGGUCAGCCUCCCCAUCCACCCAGCAGGAGAAGCACCCUUCCCACCACGAAAGGGCACAGAAGAAGAGUCGGAAGGACAAGGAACGCCUUAAACAGAAGCACAAGAAGCGGCCUGACUCACCCUCCAGCAUCCUCACCCCACCCGUGGUCCCCACUGCUGACAAGGCCUCCUCCUCAGCUUCCUCCUCCUCCCACCAUGAGGCCAGCACUCAGGAGACCUCUGAGAGCAACAGGGACUCAAAGGGGAAAAAGUCUUCCAGCCAUAGCCUGAGUCACAAGGGGAAGAAGCUGAGCAGUGGGAAAGUUUCGUCCCUGCAGAGCUCCCCUGACUUCUCCGCCUUCCCCAAGCUGGAGCAGCCAGAGGAGGACAAGUACUCCAAGCCCGCAGCCUCCACCCCUUCAGCUCCCCCCUCUCCCUCAGCUCCCGAGCCCCCCAAGACUGACCUCUUUGAGCAGAAGGUGGUCUUCUCUAGCUUUGGGCCCAUCAUGCGCUUCUCCACCACCACCCCCAGCUCAGGCCGGGCCCGGGCCCCAUCCCCUGGAGACUAUAAGUCUCCUCACCUCUCAGGGUCUGGGACCUCAGCAGGCACCCACAAGCGGAUGCCCACCCUGAGUGCUGCCCCUGCGCCCGCGGAAGAGACCCCUGAGACAGGCGUGAAGGAGAAGAAGCACAAAGCCAGCAAGAGGAGCCGACAUGGGCCAGGCCGUCCCAAGGGCAGCCGGAAUGAGGAGGGUGUUGGGGCCCCAGCUACUCCCUCCCUGCCUGGUGCCCAACUGGCUGGCUUUACCGCCACUGCUGCCUCGCCCUUCUCAGGAGGUUCCCUGGUCAGCUCCGGCCUGGGUGGUCUGGCCUCCCGCACCUUUGGGCCUUCCGGAAGCCUGCCCAGCCUGAGCCUGGAGUCCCCCCUGCUAGGGGCAGGCAUCUACACCAGUAAUAAGGACCCCAUCUCCCACGGCGGUGGAAUGCUGCGGGCUGUCUGCAGCACCCCCCUCUCUUCCAGCCUGCUGGGGCCCCCUGGGACCUCUGCCUUGCCCCGCCUCAGCCGCUCCCCAUUCACCAGCACCCUCCCCUCCUCUUCUGCUUCUAUCUCCACCACUCAGGUGUUUUCUCUGGCUGGCUCUACCUUUAGCCUCCCUUCUACCCACAUCUUUGGAACCCCCAUGGGUGUCGUUAACCCCCUCCUUACCCAAGCCGAGAGCAGCCACACAGAGCCAGACCUGGAGGACUGCAGCUUCCGGUGUCGGGGGACCUCCCCUCAGGAGAGUCUGUCUUCCAUGUCCCCCAUCAGCAGCCUCCCCGCACUCUUCGACCAGACGGCGUCCGCACCCUGUGGGGGCGGCCAGUUAGACCCAGCGGCCCCCGGGACGACGAACAUGGAGCAGCUGCUAGAAAAGCAGGGCGACGGCGAGGCCGGCGUCAACAUCGUGGAGAUGCUGAAGGCGCUGCACGCGCUGCAGAAGGAGAACCAGCGGCUCCAGGAGCAGAUCCUGAGCCUGACGGCCAAGAAGGAGCGGCUGCAGGUUCUCAACGUGCAGCUCUCUGUGCCCUUCCCCGCCCUGCCUGCCGUCCUGCCCGCCGCCAAUGGCCCUGUCGCUGGGCCCUAUGGCCUGCCUCCCCAGGCCGGCAGCAGCGAUUCCUUGAGCACCAGCAAGAGCCCUCCCGGGAAGAACAGUCUGGGCCUGGACAAUUCGCUGUCCACGUCUUCGGAGGACCCACACUCAGGCUGCCCGAGCCGCAGCAGCUCGUCGCUGUCCUUCCACAGCACGCCCCCACCGCUGCCCCUGCUCCAGCAGAGCCCUGCCACCCUACCCCUGGCCCUGCCUGGGGCCCCUGUCCCGCUCCCAGCCCAGCCACAGAAUGGGCUGGGCCGAGCACCUGGGGCAGCGGGGCUGGGGGCUAUGCCCAUGGCUGAGGGGCUGUUGGGGGGACUGGCGGGCAGCGGGGCCCUGCCCCUCAAUGGGCUCCUGGGGGGGUUGAACGGGGCUGCUGCCCCCAACCCUGCAGGCUUGAGCCAGGCUGGUGGGGCCCCCACGCUGCAGCUGCCAGGUUGUCUCAACAGCCUAACGGAGCAGCAGAGACACCUCCUGCAGCAGCAAGAGCAGCAGCUCCAGCAGCUCCAGCAGCUCCUCGCCUCCCCACAGCUGACCCCGGAACACCAGACCGUUGUCUACCAGAUGAUCCAGCAGAUCCAGCAGAAGCGGGAGCUGCAGCGGCUGCAGAUGGCCGGGGGCUCUCAGCUGCCCAUGGCCAGCCUGCUGGCAGGAAGCUCUGCCCCCCUGCUGUCUGCGGGCACUCCUGGCCUGCUGCCCGCAGCAUCUGCCCCACCCCUGCUGCCCGCAGGAGCCCUGGUGGCUCCCUCCCUCGGCAACAACACAAGUCUCAUGGCCGCAGCAGCUGCUGCCGCCGCAGCAGUAGCAGCAGCAGGCGGCCCUCCAGUCCUGACGGCUCAGACCAACCCCUUCCUCAGCCUGUCGGGGGCGGACAGCAGCGGCAGUGGCCCCAAAGGAGGGAAGCUGAACCAGAGGCGUGACAUCUCCUCCUGGCUGGCCAAAUGGUUCCCCAAAGCCCCAGCCAAGUCUGUGGUGGCCCUGAAAACACCCAUCAAGGUGGAGCUAGUGGCAGGGAAAACCUACAGGUGGUGUGUGUGUGGCCGCAGCAAGAAGCAGCCCUUCUGUGACGGCUCCCACUUCUUCCAACGCACUGGCCUCUCCCCACUCAAGUUCAAAGUCCAGGAGACCCGAAUGGUGGCCCUAUGUACCUGCAAGGCCACUCAGAAGCCCCCGUACUGCGAUGGCACCCACAGGAGCGAGAGGGUGCAGAAGGCAGAAGUGGGCUCCCCACUCUGAGGGGCGGCUGCUCAUCAGCCCCAGGCCUCUCUGACAGGCACCCCCUUUGUGGGGAAGGAAAGGGCGUGCCGAGCCAAGAAGUGAUCAUCCAGGGACCCCAGUACCCAGCUGGUUUAUAAAGGACUUACUCCCAUAGCCUGAAGUCUCUAACCUGGGGCAGCCAGGAGAAGGUCCCUGGAUUAGCACCUGCUGGUGGAGAAGGUGGCAUUAAACAAGCCUGCCCAUCCAGAA